AUGGAAGGUGAGCAUCAGAUGGUGUACGUCGGUCUAUCUGGGGAAGACGUGCCAGACACUGUCCUCAGUCAUCUGAAAAGCGGCUUGGAAGGUAAGAGCUUCAGCGUUAUCACUCAGAUGAGAGAAGACGCAAAAGAUCGGUGUAAGAUCAUGAAGAGGAUCAGGGUGUCCAGGUUUGUGGUAGUGAUACUCUCCGAUGACUUCGGAGGAUCAGGUGAGUGCUUAGACGCUCUAGUGUUGGUCGUAAAACGCAUGGACGUAGGUAAGCUAAGAACGAUUCUCAUCUACUACAUGAUGAAUGAGUCCGACGCAGUGCACCACAAGGGAAAUUUCGGAUAUUUGCUCGGCCAGCUAGAGAAGGCUGAGCGUAGAAAAGCUGCUGGUAAGAGUAUGGAGGCCUUGCUUCAUACGGAGGUUAGAAUCAAGGAGUGGAGAGAAGCUUUGGUGUCUGUCACAGCCACGAAGGGUUUCAAGUUAUAUAACCAAGCAGGAGAUAGCUUAGAUUCCGGAUUUAUCGAAGCAAUCACAAAGCACAUGAUUGAGGGUGGGUUUGGCAGUAUAAGGGAGCCAAAAAGUCAUCCGUUUGACGCCUCAGUGUAUGAGGAUGAGGAACGUAUGAAAGCUAUGGUUUCUAGCUUGGAAAAGAUGGGCAUCAUAAUUGACGGAAGUUCUAGAUCUGAGCCAGACUUUAUUGAUAAGAUCUCGGAGCAGGUCAAGGAAAAGCUAAACGUCAUUAUUCGGACGGAUUUCCCUACGGAAUCGCAUAAACCGGUCGUGAGAAGUCAUGUGUACAUCAGUUACACUGGGAGUCCAGAGAUCCGCAGAAAGUACGUCAACCAUGUAACUAAUUCCUUGGCGAACUAUGGGGACGUGGAAACCUCUACGGGAACUAAAAAAUUCUCGGAGGUGAUGGAGGACUUAUGGAUAGCAGUGGUGAUCUUAUCUGAAGAUUACGCCGAGUCGACAUACUUCCUCGAGGAGCUGGUGGCCAUCAAGAAACAUGCUGAUCAUGGGAAACUGCUAAUACUCCCAAUCUUCUACAUGGUUGAGCCAGACAAAGUGAAAGAUCAGAUUGGAAUGUUUGAUGAUAGAUGCGCGCAGCUUGAGCAACUUCCUCAAGCACUCUGUUUCCUUUUGCUCAAGGCUCUGUUCCGUCUUGCUUGUUUUGCCAUCCGAUUACUCCGAUCUCCUUCUGGUCCAUCUCCGAUCAUCACCUCCGGUCUGCUCCUUCGCCAUAAGCUCCGAAUACCUGAUAAAUGCACCCCAAAUGCAAUGGAAAUGCAAAAUGCUAUCCUAAAGGCUAAAUGA